AUGUCAAGUGAACCAACAACACAUGGAAAGGUUAUAUUAAAGACUACGUUGGGAGAUUUAGAGAUAGAGUUAUGGACAAAAGAAGCACCGCUGACAACACGUAAUUUCAUGCAAUUGUGUAUGGAAGGGUACUAUGAUGGAUCUAUAUUUCAUAGAGUGAUACCAAAGUUUAUUGCACAGACUGGUGAUCCUACAAACACUGGUGAUGGUGGAGAAUCAAUAUACGAUGGUAAACCUUUUAAAGACGAGUUUCACAGUCGUCUAAGGUUCAGUCGAAGAGGUAUAGUUGGUAUGGCAUCUGGCAAAGAUCCUAAUAGCAAUCAAUCACAAUUCUUUAUUACACUCGAUGCUGCAGAACAACUCAAUCGACGACACACUGUAUUUGGUCGUGUCAUUGGUGACUCGCUCUUUAAUAUACUCAAAGCUAAUGAAUUGGAGAUUGGUGAAAAUGAUAUGCCUCUUGAUCCACCAAAGAUCAUCUCUUCAGAUGUUAUAUCAAAUCCAUUUGAAGAUAUUGAACCUAGACAAAAAAAGGUCACAACCGUCAAACCUUCUACUCUAUCAUCUCCAAUUGAAAAGAAAAAGAAACCAGCUGCCGCUACAACAAAAAAUAAAGGAUUAUUAUCAUUUGGCGAGGAUGAUGAUGAUGAAGAUAAUGAUAGUGGUAGUGUACCAGUAUCUAAACCAAAACCAGCACCAAAACCAAAGCAACAACCAAAACAAUCAAAGGAAAUUGAAAAAGAUAAUAGUAAUAAUAAUGAUACAUCUAAAGAGAUAACAAAAAAUAGUAGUAGUACAACAACAACAAAGACACCGAUUAAUUUUCAAGAUAUUGGAACAAAUAAUGAACAACAUAAUCCUAAAGUAUUUGAAGAUAAAAUGAGAGAAUCAAUGUUACAAAAGGCAUCACAAUAUAAAAGAGAAAGAGAAGGUGCAGCUACUGCAUCAGUACAACAGGCAGAUGGAACAACUGGACCACAGCAGCAGCAGUCUACCGAUUUACCAAACGCAACAGUGGCAAUUAAAAAAGCCAAACCAGAGAAAAAGGUGAUAGGUAGUUUAUCAUUCAAACCAACUAGAAAAGGAGCAGAGUCUACUGUACCAAGAGUAUCAAAAAAGGGAGGCGGAGAACAAGCCAUAUUAGACCGACUCAACAAAUUUAAAAAUGUAAUGAAAGAGAAACCAAAAGAUGAAGAUGGUGAAUGGCGUGAUCACAAACUUGAAUUUAAAUAUGAUCCUUCUGGUCAAUCACAUUAUAUUCUUCUUGUCCUGUCUGAUGACUUUGAAAAAGCUGAUUAA